UAACAUUCGAUUUUAAGCAGUUUAUAAGUUUUAAUUUUAAAUGUUAAAUAAAAGAAAUUGAUGAAAAACAACAAAUUUAAGAGUAAAACCAAAAUUCAAAUUUAUUAUUAUGAGCGCUCGACAAUUGACAAUACUUUUCUUGUGACAUUUUCAUAAGCAAUGGUUUCUACACUGGCGAUCAUUCCUAUAAAAGUUACUCUUUUUAAUAGGGUUAAAGCAAGGCAGUACAACGGUUGUCAAAGUGACAUCACUAAUGAGUAAAAAAACAAAAUCAGAAAGAAAACAAAUGAAAAAGUGGAUAAAUGAGGAAAAUUUGACGCAUUGAAAUACUUUUCAUAAAAAAAAAGUCAAUAGAAAUUCAGAUUACUGUAACUGAAUAAAAUGGGCUCAUCCAAUUCAACGUCACAAAAUGUUGAUAAAAGUCUCCGUAAGAACCGACUCUUUAAACAAUCAUUGAAGAAAUUGCACAUCGAUAGAAAUAAAACUGGAGACGUCUCAUUUAACGUAAAUUCAGAGAUAAUUUAUGCUCAUCGAUGCAUUUUAGCUGCGCUAAGUUCCAAACAUAAAGAUCAAUUUUACGGUAUUUUUGCAUACGAAGACAAUAUUAAGGUGGCAGAUGUAACGGCAACAGAUUUCGACAAUUUUUUGAAGUUUUUCUAUUGCAAUAAAUUUACUGUGAACGAAAUAAGUAUUGAACCGGUUCUGAAGUUGUUAAAACAAUCAUUUGCCGAUGACUUUGCAGACUUAUUUGAAAAAAUUCUUUUAUUUCGAAUGAAUAAGACGAAUCUGCACUUUAUCUAUCGGAUGGCUAUUACAUACGAACUAAUCAAUCUAAAGGAAAUAUGCAAGAAAGAAAUAAGCAUUGAAACCAUGGCAAUCACUGAUUCAUUUAUUAAUUGUACUCACGAGGUUCUUAUUCAUAUUUUGAAAAUCAAUUCGUUGAAUUACAAAGAGAUGAAAAUUUUUGAUGCAUGUAUCGCUUGGGCAAGAAACUCGUGCUUAAAAAAGAAUAAAGACGAUACAAAAGCGGAAAAUUUACGCACAGAAUUGGGCGAUGCUAUUUAUCAAAUUCGAUUUUGUUCCAUGUCCAUCGAAGAAUUUACCAAUAUACAUAGAAAGUAUCCAGGAUUUUUCUUGCCAGAUGAAACCAAUGAAAUAUUUUAUUCAAUUGCAAAUGUAAAAGAUCAAAAAUCACACCGAUUUAUUCAAACGCCACGGGUUCCUUGCGUUGGAUAUAAGUCAGUUAUAAAAAGGAAUGAUUGUGCGUACUUUUCGAAUCCAAUAGUCGCACAACUAUCGAAAAAACUGUAUUUGGAUAGAAACGAAACAGGAGAUAUUAUAUUCAUCGUGCACUCGAAAAAGAUUUAUGCUCACCGGUGCGUCUUGGCAGCACUAAGCCCCAAAUAUGAAACACAGUUCUACGGUUCACUACCAGACAAAGAUGUUAUUACAGUGGACGGUGUAUCAUCAGCCGCUUUCGAAGAGUUUUUACAAUUUUUCUAUUUGGAUGAACUAACUAUGUCAAUCGAAAAUAUUGGGGAUGUUUUAUAUUUGGCACAGCAAUCACUCGUCGACGAUUUAGUUAAGGAAUGUCAGAAGUUUUUAUUGGACAUAAUAGCCGUAGGAAAUGUUUGCCGAUUCUAUAAAUUGGCCAUUUUCCACAAUUUGGAAAUCGUUAGGGAAUUUUGUGAACAGACAAUUAGUUUGAAUGCUAAGAAAGUCUUUGUAACUGACGAUUUUAUGACCUGUGAUCGCAAUACACUCAUCAGUAUUUUAAAACUGCAUUCAUUGGACUGCGAAGAAAUGAAAAUCUUCGAUGCAUGUAUUUCGUGGGCUAAGGCUUGCUGUAAGGCUCAAAAUAAUGACGAUGGAAAUAUUGACAAUUUACGUGCUGAAUUGGGCGAUGCUCUAUAUCAAAUUCGUUUUUCUUUUAUCAAAAUCGAAGAAUUUGCAAAAUUACAUAAAACAUUCGAAGGACUUUUCUCACCAGAUGAAUCAAAUGAACUAUUUUAUCUAUUUGGUAAAUUGAACGAAUUUAGUCCAAAGAAAUUUAACCAAACACGUCGAUCAAUAGCGUCACUUACUCUUCAAUGUGAUCGAACGAUUACUGAAUUGGACACUGAAAUUAACCGUACUAGGACAGCACAGACCAGAUUUACCUGCAACGUCGGAAUUAGUUUGGAAGGACUUAUCCUUUUUGGUAUCUAUGAUACAGAUUUUAUAAGUGAAGUGGUGAUAAACAAGACUGUAAAAAUGUAUAAUAAUAAUAAUCAUAAUUUAGAAUACCUCGCACUAACAUUUACUACCAAAGUAGACAAAAAAAGAUUAGACAAAGAAAUUGUGAUUAAAUUUAAAGAUUCCAUCACUUUCAAAGCGUAUGAGAAAGUUGAUAUUGUUAUAUCUUAUUAUUGUUGUAAUUCUAAUUAUCAUUCAUUUCAAUUGGCAAAUAAUGUUGAAUUGAAUGACAAGAUAGUGGUUAUUUUUGAAGGUAAUGGGAGGGAUCCUACAAAAUGCUUAUUAUUCAAAUUACUUUACUAGAUUCAGAUACGUAAAUGAAAAAGCCUAGUAACUAAUAUUUAAUUAAUAAAUUUGUUUUUAAUACCCAAUGUAAAGUUUUCCUCCGUUCCGAAAAAGGCAUUUUUACAGCUCAUUUAUCGAUAAAGAAGCAAUAUUUUGAUUAAAGAAAACUGUUAAAAUUGUAUGAAAAUAAAUAUGAGAUUUUGUUAUGUCAUUUCAUUUUGUCUUCAACUAUUCAAGUAUCCCUAAUUUAAAAAAAGUCUCAAUACUUUUAAAAUAGUGAAAAGAAAUGCAUGACAUCUUUAUUAAAACGAAUACAAGCGAAAAGAAACUAUUGGCAUUCGUAUGACAUAUUGAACUGGU